AGGACGCAAAAUUCGGAGAAUAAAAUGCGGCGCAACUUCAGUCCUGUAGUUGUGAAAAGUUAUGACCGCUUUCUGUACAAGAAAGAUCACAGUACCCUCCGAUUGACAUUUCGCGUCGCAGAGAAGCCGAACGGAGCAAGGAGGGGGAUGAGGGUCGGGUGGAAACUCACCCAGACACAGCAAACUAAAUACGCACAUACUGUAGUCGACGACUGUGGGACCAGUAACCCAUCAUUACUUGAUCUGCAGACUGAACAAAGGGAACUCACAGCGACUUUUGAGUACUGUGUCGACUAGUUAUAAAACUUAAGUUUGCGCAUUCUUCGAUGUUAAAAUGCUUUAAGAUUUUGAAAAUUUUGUUCAAUUGACCCAGUAUCAGGAAGGUAUCACUAAGUCCCACUCAAGACCCACAUUUUUUCCUUUUUUAUUUUAAUUAUUAUUUUUUUGCUUGCGAUGCGCGGCACCUUUGCAUUACUUUUGAUUACCUGUGCGGGGGGAAUUUUAGGGUGCCAGCUUCCCCAUGACUGGAGACCCCAGACUGAAGCAUGCCGCGCAGAACUCGCGGAGAUCAUUGUCUACGCCAGGGUACUCGCAAUGCACAGGGACUCAUACAGCGUUUAUAACUACUUGCCCUGGCAGUACGACACGGAGCUAUUCUUCUCCGCCGAGAUCGAGCUUCUGUGCGACCAAGCAUGGGGCAGCAUGCUGGAAGUCCCCGCUGGAUCCAGGUUCAAUGUCACCGGACUCGGAUACUUUCCCUGCUAUUCAUACAGCGUCACGGAAAACAAUGCCUACUAUUUCUUCUUAAGAAUGGAUGAGAACUUCAGCAUCAUGCCCCAUGGCGUGAACUUCCAAGAUCCCAUCUUCCCAGACACACCAGAGAACCACCGCAUUUUCGCCAGUCUCUUCCAGUUUUCUAACUGUACUGCCGGCACCCAGGUUCACACCUAUACCCCUGAGUGGGAGGCUCAGGAGGACAGCCGGCUGUUGUGUUCAACAGUGCAGAAAGCCUUGUUUGAGGAAGAGGAGAAGGUGAGGACACUUUCACAAAAGGUGCGUUUCCUGGAAAAGACCAACAACCACCUGAGAGACAAGGUGAAAAACAUGAAACGGUUGCUGCGGCAAAGCAAACGUGAGACUAAAGACCAGACGCACCACCUCAAGCAGAUUCACGAGCCCCAGGUUGCAGACAAUGGCCAUCAACACCACCCCCAGCAGGAAACUACCCACAACCAAGACAAAACCCUCAAGAAGGUCCUCACUAAAAAGCUGAAGGACUAAGCUCACCUUUGAGAUGGUCCUUUGUAAGGGACAAAGUUUGCUGUGUUGGAACAAUGGAAGAAUGUGCUGUUUAUACCUAGCAACAAAUUAGCAGGGGGAACAGAACUAGGAACAGGAACAGAAAUGAGAUCAGAUUUGCCCAUUUAUUUUUGCUUGGCAGAUAGUGAGAGGAACAUCUUUAGAAGCAAGUCAAAGUAAGUUGGUUUUUUGAAGUAUGGACACAAAGAGGUAGAUAGGUACAGAAUCUCAAACAGACAUUCUCAAAAUUCUGGGCAAAAACAGUGGUCAUUGUCCUUCCCACUGUGUAAUAUUUCCAGAUAUUCAUCUUUGUGUGCUGAUAUAUUUAGAGAUAUUUGGUAGCCAACUGUGUAACUUUACAUGUAAACUCUGUAUCCUCUGCUUUAGAGCAAAUGCCCUGAUUUUACAGCUCUGUAGUACUACCAAAAAUUAUUUUAAACACAUUUUUAAGAGCACUUUAGCUCAGACUGAAAGCAGUUUCCAUCUGCUUUCUAAGCAAAGUCUAUUCUCCAUGCCUCAUUUUGACACAGUGGUAAUCUACAGCAGCCUUUAUUAGACCUGUUGCAUGCUGGGAAUGCUGUAAUCUGCCCACACCAAUUUGCCUCGUCUCUGUUACCGGGAGCAACAGCCAAAUCUCACCUGCCCCCCCCGCCCCCUCAACCUUUCUGGCUUGGCCCCAUUAGCAGUCAGCAAACCGCUCUCAUGUAAUCAACGUGGCUGGAGUGUCAGCCAUACAGCUUUUGUCAGCAGGGGGCUCCACCAGUCCCUCAGCUGGUCAGGUUUGUAGUGAUGUCUAGGCCGCUGAGAUGUACAGCUCCUAUGGCUUCCGAGCAGAGCUACAAAGCGAGCCAGUGUCCCGACAGUGCAGCUCUCACCACUGAGGCCAGUGUCCUGACAGUGCAACUCUCACCACUGAGGCCACUGUCCCGACUGCAGCUCUCACCACUGAGGCCAGUGUCCCGACUGCAGCUCUCACCACUGA